GAAAGCUUUGAUUACAAUGUGCAUAUUCAUGUGUGCACUCGGAUAACAAAAUAAAUUUUGCGAAAGGCUAUAAAAAGGCGGGCUGGAUGAACUUUCCACAGAUGUAAUUAUCUGUCUUUUACGAUUCUAAGCUUGGAAAAAAUUCAUCAAAGCCUCAUCGAGAUAUUAUUAGACACUAAAACUAAUAAUGCAUUGGGCUAUUCUAUUUUUCUUCCUGGAGCUAAUCACCAGUGGAUUUUGCUUGGAAAGCGACGUCGAAGACUACGGCGAUUCCAAAGCCAGUUCCUCAAGUAUUCAAACAGACGCUCCGGACGAUUAUGAUUCCUACGAGAUAAAUGAGCUGGAAGAUGCCACUAGAAAGACGUAUCACUGUGCAGCACGUAAUUCCAUCAGAAAUGAAACUAAUCUUGAUCGAAGGGUCAUUGAAGUCCUCGACGACAAUGGCAUCCCAUCUCUCCAAGCCAAGCGGCUUCAUUAUCAGGUCCGCAGCGUUAGACAAAAAAUGUGUCAAUCUGGAUUUAAUCCAUUCCAACUCGAUAAAAAAGGCGGGUCUGUUCAUAGACGAUUCAAAAAUACUAUAAGAUUGAUGAUUUAUAAUACACCUGGCAUGUUCCCUGGAUUGAGGCUAAUCCGGAGUGAUCUUGACCGAAAGAGAAAACGUGAACCGCAAAAUUGGUUCCGAUUUGAACUCACUAACAGUCAAAUCAUCGCUGAUUUUGAUUAUGAUAAUUAUUUUGUCACUAUUUACGGUGAUUUUGGGAAAAUUCAUGCGUACUCAAAACUUCUUGUUACUUUGAAGAUGCACAAGAGAUUGAAUAAUUUUAAUGACAGCAUAAGUAGCAAAAUCAAUUUAGAUCUCGGGAUCAUGGAAGUUAUUUUAUCAAACUUUGGGACAACAAUAAUAAAAGAUAAAUCCUUGACAAGUGUUAUGGUCAAAGCGCUGAAUGGCAUCCGCACAGAAUUAAGUUCCGAUGGAGAUAUUCAGAUUGAGUUCGAAGACAGUGCCAAAGAAGCGCUAGAUCAAAUAAACCCUUUGCUUUAUUCCGUUGUCUGGUUACAGUCAAUGGCGGAAAAGUAUGAAGUCGUAAAGGUCAGAGACAAAUCUAAAUCACCUGCCGAAAAAAUGAAGAAAUCUAAUUGAACUUUAUAAACAAUCAUGAUUUAAUUAAGUUCAUUAAUUGAGGUUCAAAGUUACGUAAUUUAGAUUUAGAAUUCUACACUGAUAAAAAAAUUAAUUU